AUGGGUGCCUACAAGUAUUUGGAAGAGAUUGCUCGCAAUAAGCAGUCCGAUGUGCUGCGUUUCCUUUUGCGUGUGCGCUGCUGGGAGUACCGUCAGUUGAACGUUAUCCACCGUGCUUCUCGUCCCUCUCGCCCCGACAAGGCUCGCCGUCUCGGCUACAAGGCCAAGCAGGGCUACGUUAUCUACCGCAUCCGUGUCCGCCGUGGUGGUCGCAAGCGUCCUGCCCACAAGGGUGCUACCUACGGUAAGCCCACCAACAUGGGUAUCAACCAGCUCAAGUACCAGCGUGCUCUUCGUGCCACUGCUGAGGAGCGUGUUGGCCGUCGCUGCCCUAACUUGCGUGUCCUGAACUCCUACUGGGUUAACCAGGACUCUACCUACAAGUACUUCGAGGUCAUCCUUGUCGAUCCUUCUCACAAGGCCAUCCGCCGCGAUGCCCGCAUCAACUGGAUCGCCAACCCCGUCCACAAGCACCGCGAGGCCCGUGGUCUUACCUCCACUGGCAAGAAGUCCCGUGGUAUCAACAAGGGCCACAAGUUCAACAAGACUUCUGCUGGUCGCCGUCACACUUGGAAGAAGCACAACACUCUGCAGAUCUGGCGUUACCGCUCUUAA